AUGAAAGAACGAGGACGUGGUAUUAUCGCAAGGCGAACUUCUAUUAGGACAUGUACACGUCUUCGGGUAUUAUGUUUUGUUUGCAUAUUUUCUUUAUGUGCAUCCAUGUGGAUAAUAUCAUCCAACACAAUAGAAAUGAAUGAAUUAAGAAAAAAUCACACAGAUACCACCUUUCAUCAUUGGAUGGAUUCCUAUGUGGAAAAAGCUUCUAUGAUUAUAAAUGAUCUAGAUGAUUCUUUACCGAAUACUAGCGAUGGAAAUAGUAGCGAAAAUAAAAAUUUUUGUAAUAUUAUGGUAAACUGGGUAUGGAAAGAAGUUAUUCCUUUUCGUUAUAAUGAUGAAUUUAGAGAAGUUUUACUUUCACACCGGAAAAGACAUUUAGCAGUUUCUAAUGGUCAACCAGAGAUUGGUCAAAAGUAUAUUAUUUGGUCUCUUAGUGGUGGUUUAGGUAAUCGUAUUCAGUCUUUGGGUAGUAUUUUCAUAGCAGCACUCUUAUCUAAACGUGUACUUUUAAUGAAAGAUUGGUUUACACCGUUAAGAUCUUCAAAGGCAUCACCAAUUAAACCAACAUUAUUACCUUUUGUAAAUAGUGGGAAUAAAAUAGAAACAUUUCGUUAUGAAAAUCUACGAGAGUUAUUUUGGUUUUCUAAUAAUGAGAGUUCUCCUCGUAUAUCUAAUGAAUUUAUGUUUUGUGGUUUAUUCCCUAUGAUGUCCCUUAAAGAGUUUGAGGAAAUGUAUCCAAAUGAGUUUAGAAAGCAUGAAAAUACAAAAGAAGUAGAAUUAUAUAAAGAUAGUCACGUAAAAAUAGAUAUACGUGCUCGUCAUGAUAAGAAAUUAAAUUUAUGGAAACAUUUUGCUUGUACAGAUCCUGAAAGUCAUGAAAUUGAUUUUUUUUCAAAACAAAAGUUUGUUUACAUUUGGACAAAUCAAUAUUUUCUUCCUCUUUUUUAUGUAAACAAACGAACAAAGAAUAUAAUAAAUAAUUGGUUUUCAACAAAUCCCUUUAGAUCUAUAUUGCCUUUAAUUUUUCUUCCUUCACAUCCUGUUAUGUUUCGUGUUUUGCAAACUAUGAGGUUAAAUCCUUUUUUAAAAAAACGUCAGUUUGUGGGAAUGCAUAUUCGAUCAUUUAGACGAAAUGAAAUUUUACAUCUCGUGAAAUCAUUUUCUUAUUGUGUUAAUCGUUUAAUUGAUGAAAGUAAUUCUUUACAGAAUUUCUUCUUAGCUACUAUGCAUAGUACGGUAAAAACAUAUUUUAAUGAUUUACCGUUAAAAGGAAAAGCCAAAUUCUUUACAAUUGAAUCUGCGCAAACUACAGAUGAGCAAAGUACUGGACAAGGUUCAGUUCAAGAGUGGGAAGCAUUGACAGAUGUAGUAUUAUUAUCGUUAUCGAAACAUCUUUUUUUAUCUCCAUCUUCAACUUUUGGUUUUCUUGCUGCUGCUGCUGGGGAGAUUGAAUCUAUUACUAUUGUAAACACAAAAGAGUCAUUUAAUCAUUUGAAAAAAGAUAUGUGUUCAGUACUAGAUGGGAAUAUAGUUGGAGAACCUUGUUUUGCAUCUUGGUUUAGGCUAGACUCCAUAGGGCAUCGUCGUCAUCAAAUUGGAUGUGAAAUGGAUGAAAUGCCUGCCUGGUCGCUUAAAUGUGGAACUAAUGGAUAA